CGUGCUUGUCCUGUGUGCGGAGAAUCAGACAGCUCGCGCAGUGGAAGGAAGUGCAUUGGAAGUGCCGAUGUUUAUUUUGAUUCGUACGAGCAUUGAUCUCUUCGGAUAAAAUUACGUAACCCCCGACAUCAGCGUAGAGGGGUUUGGCUCGGGUGUACGCAUCUCCUCUGGACCAUUUGACGGAACAUCUGGAGCUGUGGAGGCUGUUUUCACCAUAUUGGCCGGAGCACCGUGGGUUAAGGUGGGCCUUGCCCGGAUAUCUGUCUGACAAGCGAACCAAAACCGACCCGGUACCCACACCAAGAUAACCAGCAGUGUCGCUGGCAGGGUUUUAAGUAAUCUAGAGACUACAUUCUCAGACAGUUUGGACUAUAACACACACAAGCCAAAUGGCAGAUAACCUAAGUGAAGCCCUGAAGACACUGAAGCUUACAUCGGCAGACGGCGCUUCCGACAGUAUUGAGGGCUGCUUGGACUGCCUGCUCAAAGCUUUGGCCCACAAUAAUGUUGAGGCUAGUGGAAAGAUCCAGGAGAUGGGUGUUCUCCCAAUGAUGCCUGCUCUAUUGUCGGCUCAGAACUCAUGUACACCAAAAGUAGCCAACAUCAUUGCAGAGGUGGCCAAAAAUGAAUUCAUGAGGAGUCCAUGUGUGGAAGCAGGACUCAUUCCUCCACUGGUUCAGCUGCUAAACUGUAAGGACGAGGAAAUACUGCUGCAGACAGGACGAGCCCUAGGCAACAUCUGCUAUGACAGCCAUGAGGGCAGAAGUGCAGUUGACGCUGCGGGUGGUGCUCUGAUAGUUGCCGAGCACAUUAAAGCUCUGGCCGAAAGCACUGACCCCGACACCGGGAAGCUCUUGACUGUCUUUUGUGGCAUGCUGAUGAACUAUAGCAAUGAUAAUGAUUCAUUGCAGGCCCAGCUCAUCAGCAUGGGUGUGAUUCCAACACUGGUAAAACUGCUGGAUAUUCACUCUCAGAACACUGCGCUUACAGAGAUGUGCCUCAUUGCCUUUGGGAACCUGGCAGAGCUGGAAUCAAGUAAGGAGCAGUUUGCCUCUACGAAAGUUGCAGAGGUGCUUGUUAGGAUGUUCAGUAAGCAGGUUGAACAUGAGAAGAAAGAGAUGAUCUUUGAGGUGUUGGCACCACUUGCUGAGAAUGAUGUGAUCAAGCUUCAGCUUGUGGAGGCAGGUCUGGUGGAGUGUCUGCUGGAUGUGGUGGCUCAGACAGUGGACAGUGACAGGGAGGAAGACGUGGCUCAACUCAAGACGGCAUCAGACCUCAUGGUGCUUCUCUUGUUAGGAGAUGAGUCGAUGCAGAAGCUGUUUGAGGGGGGUAAAGGCAGUGUGUUUCAUAGGGUUCUCUCAUGGGUGCCUUCCAACAACCACCAGCUUCAGCUAGCAGGAGCACUCGCCAUCGCUAACUUUGCCCGCAAUGAUGGGAACUGCAUCCACAUGGUAGAUACUGGUAUUGUACAGAAGCUUCUUGAGCUGCUAGACAGACAUGUGGAGGAGGGAAAUGUCACGGUGCAGCAUGCAGCUCUCAGUGCCCUGAGGAACCUGGCCAUCCCAGUGGUCAACAAAUCCAAGAUGCUCUUGGCUGGUGUGUCGGAUGUAGUGCUGAAGUUCCUCAAAUCUGAGAUGCCGCCAGUUCAAUUCAAGCUCCUUGGAACAUUACGGAUGCUCAUUGACACACAGGCUGACGCAGCAGAGCAGCUGGGAACAAACUCAAAGCUGGUGGAGCGAUUGGUGGAGUGGUGUGAGGCAAAAGAUCACGCUGGAGUGAUGGGAGAGUCCAACCGUCUGCUGUCUGCUCUCAUCCGACACAGCAAGUCAAAGGAUGUGGUCCGAACAGUUAUACAAGGCGGAGGUGUUAAGCACUUAAUAACCAUGGCGAUGAGUGAACACAUGAUCAUGCAGAAUGAAGCAUUGGUAGCAUUGGGUCUCAUAGCAGCACUAGACCUGGAUUGCGCAGAAAAGGACUUUGUUGGCUCCAGUCUGGUGCAGGUUCUUCAUAAGCUGCUGACAGAUGAGCGCAGUGCACCAGAGAUCAAAUAUAACUCCAUGAUUCUCAUCUGCUCCAUAAUGGGAUCAGAGCCUCUUCAUACAGAAGUGCAGAGCUUGGCCUUCAUCGAUGUGGUCUCCAGUCUGCGCUCGCAUGAGAACAAGACGGUUGCCCACCAGGCCUCUCUCACAGAGCAACGGCUAACAGCACAGAGCUAAAGGACCCUGCCUGCCUUCCCUCUGCACAAACACACACUUCCUCCAUAUCUCUCGUUGUUAAGUGCCAAGCUGUUGUUCCCUCCUGCUUCAGACCCUGCUACCCCUCUGUUUGCUCAAAACAUGCAGAGAUGCAUUAUUCAAGGGCGGCCAUACUUUGUACACAGCCUUGUGCAAUAGAUUCAAUAGCAAAAUACUUUUUAAAAGACCGUAGCUGUGAUAUAAAAAAAAAAAGCCACCUGUAAAACCAUUAAGGUGGAGUAAAAACAAUUAAAAAUAGAAAAAAAUGAAUGUUGGCAGUGGAAAUAGCGCAGUUGUGCUUUCAUGACAUAUACCAACACACUUGUGCAUGUUUUUUUUUUAAUUGUCCACUUGUCAAUAUAUCUGUGUUCAGCCUUUCAAGCCACACCCAUGUGAUAAGCCCCGCCCAAUUCUCCUGCUUUACCAACCUCAAUCCUUUUGCAUAUACAAGUAGAGAUCAAAAUGUGUUCGUAUUGUAUAGGGGACCUCUGGACCAGCAUGGACAUUUCAUAUUUUGCCUCCUGGUCCCUGUACCACCCAUGUCCAUAUCUAUGGAGUCACUUUACUGGAAAGAGCUAAUUCAUAUAUAUCAACAGUCUGUUGUAUUUACAAAAAUAGAUUAUUAUUAUUAUUAUCAUAUGGAUGUAUGAAUAAAUAAUGUGUCUUGGUACCAAGGACUAAAGUUGAAGUGUUUUACAUAAUGGCUUCUUAUGAAAAAUUAUUUUUAGAAUUUCAGGGCAACGUACACCUCAUCACAUCAGUCCAAAAAAGAAGUGACAUCAUUAAGAUACAGUAUCACUAACUCAAAACACUUUUCUGGAUCAGGAAUUAACUAGCAUGUCUGCCAUCAGCACACAAAUACAGUAGGCUCCAUACUUCGGAUUUGCUAAAAGAAGUGCGUUACUAACUUGCAAGGGCUGGGACAGAUUGAUGUGUGUAUGUGUGUGUAUCUGUGGUGUAAUUGGAAAACUACUCCACAUAUCGCCACAGUUAUGCGGAGUAAGGUAACCUAAUAAUAAUGUUUCAGAAUGCACACUCUUUGUGAAUAUUUGAUACUGUGGUACAUGUUUCAUUUAAGAAAAGUGUAUAUUUUGCAUGUUGAUCUGCCUGUUCUCCCUUCAACUCUUUCCAGUAUCAUGGAAACAUGCAUCUCCCUGCAUGUCCGAUACUGUGAAAAUCACUGUUAUGUGGUCAUUUUAUGUCAGUUCUUAUCAUAUUUAUACCCUUGAGUAACCACAUGGCAAUCUAUUAAACCUGCAGUGACAACCUUAGAAAUAUAAACUGAAAUAAUUGUUGUAAAUGUCAUUGAUGAAUUGUAAAUUUGAAAGAUUUAAACUUAUUAAAACAAUUGCU